AGGCUGGUGAAUCAGCUGGUUUGCCUAAGAACUGGGCCAGGACAGGUCAUUAGAAGCUUUGAUCUCUUCAGGACACAGGCAUGGAUUACGAUCGGGAGUGCGAGGAGACAAGCUGACCAUGCCACUGACUGCACUCUCAGUAUGUGCUGCUGAUGAUAUGCUUGUAAGGUUGUCUGUGACUGGGUGACUGAUAACAGCCACUGGGGAGUCCAGUCCCACUGGCCACUCCAUAGCAGACAGCGAGUACAGUGCAUCUAGGAGCUGUAUGUCAGUAUAUUGUCCAUGGAUGAUCGGAUACAUGUCCCAAACUGCCUUUCCCGCUAGCAGCAUCCGGACAGUAGACUCUCUACUACUAGUACUAGCACAGAUUCAGUAAGUCCGUAUCAGUGUUACUAAUGAGUCCUGCCAGCAGUGCUCUACCAGUCGCCUCUAUUCACCAGCGACCGUUCUGAAUUGACAGCAGUCACUUUAUCUCUGGCUAGCUCAGCGUUUGAGCGGGAACACUUAAUGUCACACGGCGAUACGCACAGAACACGAGGGACUACUAGUAAGGAGCUCUCUGGUCCGAAUACGACCAAUACUGGCAAUCGACUCUGACGUGACGUGACCAAGACAGACAGCCUAUCUACGACUUGCAGUAAGACUACCUCCCAGUGCGCAUGCGAGUGGCUCGCGUCCGAGCAACAAGCAGGAGGGAUCAGCUGAGGCGUGUGAACGGACAGCCCCAUCAAGAUUGCACUGUCGAUUCUCACUUAUUAGCCGCAGUUUCGCUAGUCGAGCCUGACAGGUCUUUCAGGACGACAACGUCCACUCUGCAUGUGAACGGCCUCCUGCCUGCUACCCUUCUGAACCUCCUGCUGCUGCUACCAUUUCCGUAGCGUUUGCCCUCACAUCGCGGCCAGAGCACCUGGUCAGCGGAUGGUCACAGACACCACCAGGCGAAUAUAGGCGACUCUCGUCGUAUAAGAAGGCAAAGGUGCGGUCUUCAGGGACAACUGAAAGGUGCUCUUUCAUUUGGACAAAGUCAACGGUUCAUUUUCUCUGGAGCCGGGGAGAAAAAUUCGUCCAGCGAAAUUUCCGGCACUUGAUUUGUCGUUUUCUGGCAACCUUGUGCUGGACACGGUCGGGUAGCCAUGAUGACGGUACUAGGCAACAAGAUUCCGGCAUUACUCAUGGCUAGAUCUACGUGUGGUGUCUUGCUGAUGAUGUGCCUGAGCUGCUGUGUGACUGUGACACGCGUUGCGGCGACGUGCCGACGCGUGGACGACACAUCGCAGGCUGGACCGGGUGUCGUGUGUCGGCUGGCUUGCCGAGUUCCGGAGGAGCGGCCAGUGAACACGACAAUCGUGACGGUGGGACAAGAGCUACAGCUCGACCUGCUCACCAUCACAUGGAGUUUUGAGAUCACCAGUGAGACAAGCAACUCGAGUCGUGCAUUGCGUGUAGCUGUCAAUGAGGAGGAUGGAGCCCUGAUCCUACAGGACACCGUGGACUAUGAAUCUAAACCUACACCUGUGGGUGUCACGCGACUGGUCGUCAUGGGAACACCAAUUGCAACCAGCCAACCACUGCAGAUACUACCAGAUAGAGCCAGUGACACAACAUGCACUGUGGAUAUAGAAAUAGUCGACAUCGACGACAACCAACCGAGAGUCGACUCUAGCUUUCCCCGAAGCUUGACUGUUCGAGAGGACAUGGCGGUGGGAACAACGAUCGCGAUACUACCCAUCGUCGAUGAGGACAGUGGUGUCCUGGGCCAGUGGGUAAUAGAGCGUAUUCCGAUCGGUACCGGCCAGGACGUGGUGAUACGAGACCCCGCAUUCCGCGGAAUCGGCACGUUUGACAUCAACAAUCACACCGGCGAAAUCAGGCUCAUCUCGGAAUUGGACGCCGAGACUCAACAAGUGUACGGCGUAGCUUUCAUUAUCCUGCCAGUGGUUAGGGAUCCAUUGCAGCCAUUUCCAGCCACAGAGAUCAUGGUCUUUGUGGAAGAUGUUGACGAAUUUGCACCUGUGAUCGAGAUUUCACCAUUGAUCAUCCAAAAUAUCACCUUUUUCCCCGUAAGAGAUAUGGUUCGCGAAGCGCUCCCAGUAUCCCAGAUCGUCUUCCAGGCUACUGUCACAGAUAGAGAUGUGGACUCAAACACAAACUUCACUGUGCAUAAUGCCUUUGGAGACUUUUACACCGAGCGCGUGUUCCCAACCUCGGAUGUAAGCUGGUUUCUGAGGGCCAACGUGAACCUGGACAGGGAAACGCGGAGCCAGUACAAUCUCACACUGCUUGCUAGUGACACAAACCCGAACAACACACUUCACACGAGCACAAACUUCACAGUGUCUCUCAUCGAUUCCGACGACAAUCGGCCGGAGUUUAGCCAAGAGCUGUACGAAGCCAGGCUAGUGGAGACGACACUCGUCGGCAGCCCUGUACUGCAACUGCAAGCUAAUGAUCCUGAUCUAAGGGACUACGUGUCUUACAAACUGGACUCGAUUCUUGUCCGAAACCGUACAGGCCAGCAAACACUGCCAGCUUCCAUGGACAUUAACUCAGUAUUCAAUAUCAAUAGCACCACAGGGCUGGUGACUCUGGGACGGCGGCUGGACUUUGAAGAGUUGGGCAGUGUGACGUUCCUUGUCGUGUUCACCGCCAUCUCCAGUCGCAACCCAAGCAACAAUGGUACAUCAACAGCACUCAUCACACUGUACGAUGCCAAUGACGAAGCACCCACGUUCCUGCAGACACACUACACAUUCCAGGUGGCAGAGAACGGUGAGGGGCAAGAACCAGUAGGACAGCUGGAAGCCGUUGAUAGAGAUCCGGGCAAGAACGGGAAAGUGUUAUACUCAAUCGAAGACACAGCACGGCCUGAUGAAUCGCGAGAGUUCAGUGUACACCCAGACACAGGACUGCUCCUUACAGUGGGUGGCUUCGACAGGGAGACACAAGCCAGCUAUUCCUUUCUAGCCGUGGCUACGGACGAUGCAGAGGUAACUACAGAUCGUCUUUCUGGAGUUGCACAGAUUACCGUGAUCAUCACAGACCAAGAUGACAACCCACCGGUCUUCACAAAUCCACCAGCAGAGAUACUCGUAGGCCAGGAGUCCGCACAGGGUCAGUUGCUAUGGCAAUUCAACACCACAGACGCCGAUACCACGCCGAGCGAGGUCUCGUUUCGCGUCAGUUCACAGAAGAACAGUCAGAGUGCAAUCAUCGCGUCACACUUCACCAUGAGCAACGACGGACGGUUGACAACACGCCGGUCCCUGGCCACAUUGUCAGUCAACGUGUACACAGUACUGAUCCAUGUGCAGGAGACGAACGUUCCCACGCUGUCCAGCACGGUGCAGGUCAACUUGAACGUCACUGUCACAGCCCCGCCAGAGGCAAGCACGGGAAGUUCUGGCAUUGACCUGACUACUAUAAUCAUUGUCAUCGCAUGCGCUGCUCUACUGUUGAUCAUCAUUGCUGUUCUACUGGUCUAUGUGAAUAUCAAACGCAAGAAGCGCAGCAUGGCCAUCAUUGUGCACAGCCAGCCCAGCAAGAAUGAGCUCAUCUUCCAGAACAACAUCAGCGAGGAGCAAGCGUACAAAACGCCACACUACACACACGGCCCGCGGCCAGCGUCGCUAGUCAUCGGCUCAACAGACAGCACUACAUACAUGAACUCCAGCGACCUGCAGGGUACCACACCCAGAUCGGAUCCGGACGGUUCAGCCUUCACGCCAGGAUCGUUCACCGAAGCACCGUUCAGCGUGAAGUCGCGCAUACGCUCCGGCAUCUACGAACCAGGAGCGGCCUCGGACAACACGCCGUGUUCUAAAGAGUCGAGCCGUGCGGAUUGGGAUCGACGCAUGAGUGUUCGUACUGCCUCGACAAUGGUCGAAGAGGGAGGCUCAGUAUCUUCAUGCUCAUCAGCCAUGCAUCACACUGGCAAUGCACUAUCCACAGUUGAACCGUCGCCUGACAUUGAGCACGCCCGCCAGCGAAUGCAUUCUGAGUCAUCCGACGGCCACUCAUCGUCCCCACCUACACUCUACUCAACUGUCGGAUCGCCAGGAUCUCAGCGAGCAGCACUAACAGCAGCCAUGAGUGCCUCACCCCGUAUUGGACAGGGUAGAAGGAGAGUGGUGUCGGAGUCAUACGACGGACCAAGGUCAUACAGUGCCUACGCAGAGAGUCGCAAGACUCGCUCUCCGCCAUCUGCAUAUCAGCAGACAGGCAGCGGCGUGUCCAGAUCUGCUCUGUCCAACCCGGAAGACCGUCGCUCGCCAAUGUCGUCGAGAUCACAUUCAGUGCGCUACAGCUCCACACCACCCAGUUCAGCCCAGGGCACCGACCCCACAGGGCAAACACCCUGGCAGCCAGUAUGCUACAAGGCACCGAUAGCUGCUUCGGCCGCAGCUAGUCCCCUGGUCGGGGACUUAGCACCCGUAGCUGCCCAGACCGGUUACAAGGCUUCACCCAUCAGGCAACACUUCACACAGAACACCAUAGAAGACACUGAGCAGGACGACACAGAGAGCUCUGCUGCAUCUGAUGAGCAGUGCACUGACGAUGAAAUGCGUUUCUAUCCCUCUGGGCUUCGGCCGCAGAACAAAGGAGCAGCUGAAGGACAUGGAGCCUCGCAGAACCAGAGGGUAUAUAAUUCCUCUCUGCAAAGUCAGCAUGCUGACCUUCAACGCUUGGAAAGUCAACCACUUUGAGUGCGGGACUGUCUUUCAACCCACUUCAGCAAAGAACGAAAAGAACCGAACAGAAUGCAAUGAACAGUUUUCAUUCUCAUAUUGUGAGGUGUCUCUUUUAAAAAUAAGAUUCUAAAGCUAAUAUAACGUAACUUGUUUUGUCAACCUUUAAAUAAUCAGACCAUAACCACCUGCAUUUCCAUUUUCCAAAUCCGCAUAAGGUAAUACGUGAAUCAGAUUCAUCAUUUCUGCAAUGUCACCAAUAUUUCCUUGAGAUUGCCACAUCGUUUUUAUAGUCACCUAUUCAAAUUUCCAAUAUCACCAUAAUAAUUAUGCUGAACACCCCAGCAUCUACAUACAGGUA